AAUAUUUUCUUGUUUAUUGCAGAAUGAGAAGCAACAUUUUGCCUCGGUCUUGAUGACUACAAGAUUACUGGCUAAGUUUCUGGGUUUCCUCACUUUCCUCCCUUAUCGUACAGGAGAUCGACCAACGAGAGAAAUGCAAGAGACUAGUAUUUUUCUGAGGAAUAAGACCAUGCCUGUUCUAAAUAUAUAUGAGUUACUGAGAAGGUCAAUUAAAAACCGGCGUACUAUUCUAACUGUACCCUGGGUGGUGGAGUUUCUCAGCAUGAUGGACCAUGUGGCACCAUUCCUGGAUUGUUAUCACAAAGCGUUUACUCUCAUCUUGCAUUUACACAGAUGCUUUGUUCUAACAAGUGAAAAGAAGGAAAAUUACCUGAACAAGCUGCUGAUUCUUGCAGUACUCGGUUGGCUCUUCCAGAUUCCUGUAGUUCCUGAAGAAAUAUUCUUCAAUGAAGAGAAGAUUGAUGAAUUUGGAACCAAUGUAUCGGACCAAGCCUUAGAUUCUGUUCCAUUGGUUGACCAACAGCUGCUCUAUCUAUGUUGCCCAUACCUGAGUGAGUUACGCAAGUUGUUGGCUUCCUAUGUAGUUGGUAAUGGGAUAAAAAAUGGAGGAUAUAUGAGAAAGAUCACACCAACUUCAGCAGAGCCUGUAGUGCCAGAUUCAUCACAGUCACAGCAGAAACUCCAGGCAGAGUUGGAGGAAGCCUUUUUUCAUAAUCAACCCCCCUCACUUCGCAAAACAGUGGAGUUUGUGGCUGAACGAGUUGGAUCUAAUUGUGUGAAGCAUAUUAAGGCAACGCUAGUGUCUGAGUUGGUCAGACGUGGGACAGCAAAGCUACACAGUGAAAUGAAGGACGAGGAGUCUAACCUCCCCAAACUGCUUGAAGCUGUAACCCAUCAGCUCUGUGAAGAAGGCAGACAGUCAAUGGCCAAAGGAAAAGAAUUCUGUAGCAGAAAGGGACCUGAAGCAAUUCAAGUGCUGCUUCCAGGAGAGACAUCUGCCUCGGUGUUGAGGACAGCAGAAGAUAUAGCAACUCGCCUUGCAACGGAGAAAGCCUGCACGUGGCUGUCCACCAACAUCACAGUUUUAAUUAAGAAAGAAAUGACCCUCAGCUUUGAAAGACUGAAGAAAUCUCGAACCGUGCAAUUGGCAAAUGCAACUGAGGUUUCCGGAACAACGGGCGGUUGUACGCCGGACUGUAAACACAAUGCACCCUCUCCUUCCAAGGUAGCCAGCGAGUUUAAGGAGCUGCUGAGUGUGACAUUGGGUCCCAGGAAUAGGGACGAAACAGUGGACCACCAGGAACUUGACAGUUUAUUAAGAAGAUUAAGCCAAACGCUGAAAUGUAGACAGUACAUCUGUCCGGUAAUUGAACAGGCCCUUGCCAAGUACACCGUGGAGCUCGCAUCUUUAUUAGUUGCAGGGGAAGUUCCAUUAUCUGAUCCUCCUGAGGAGAAUGACAGGGAAGAACCUUCUCAUUAUGCAUCUGUCCACCAAUUGCUCACAUUACUCCUUGCUUUGUGGAAGGACGAUUUCCGUGUUCGCGUACCCCUUCAGCUGAUGUUUAGUGAGAAGAACAUUGCCUAUACAGUGCGGACAGGAAAUCGAAAGGUAACCUUUGUUGACUGCUCUUUAAGUAUGACUUGCCCCAUUGUGAGUGGUCUUUAUUCAUUUGAUCAACAAUUGUAUUCAUUAUAUUUGUGGGCUUAUUCCUUAUGUCCGUGGAUUGUGACCACUUCUUUGAUUGGAUUAGGGAUGUGAUUUUACGGGAUUUGGACCAAGCUCAGUUAUAAAUAUUGGUGAAGGCCAAACUUUGCU